AUGAGAUCGAGCUGGUACUAUGGCUUCUUGCCAGUAUUGUGCCAAUUGGCACAGGCGGAUUGGCAAUUCAGAUCCCGUCCUGAUCUUGCACCACCUCGGCUGAACAUUACCAUUCCCGCUACAAAGGAUGUUGAGUCGGGAUAUCUUUUCCUUGCCCCCUUCGCAGGCCUUCCCGACACGCCUUGGGAGCAACACGGUCCGCGACAGGCAGGGGCUUACAUCAUACGUGACGAUGGCGACCUUGUUUGGUCUGGGUAUGGCAUAUACAGCAUCUGGACGACCAAUUUCCAAAAAGCGCGAUGGAACGGAAAGGAUGUCCUCUUUACCUUUGAGGGGGACCAUAAUCCUGGCUAUGGACACGGUCAUGGACAUAUCACCUUUUUGGACCAGAACUACGAAACGAUCCGGGAGCUCCGGGCUGGAAAUCACAAGCUUGUCGACAAGCACGAGUUUCACAUUGUGAAUGAGAAGACUGGAUUGAUUCAGAUUUAUCAGCCGGUGCCAAGGGAUCUAACAGCCUACGGGGCCAAGCCAGAACAACAAUGGAUUGUAAAUGCAAUCAUCCAAGAGCUCGACAUUGCUACGGGCGAGCUCCUCUUUGAAUGGGCCAGUUUGGAUCAUAUUUCACCCGAUGAGGCAAUUCUACCAAUCAACCCGGGACAAGCAGGUUCUGGGUACAAUAGCUCCGACGCCUGGGACUAUUUCCACAUUAAUAGUGUUGACAAGGACUCUGAUGGCAACUAUUUGAUCUCGGCGCGCGACGCCUGCAGCGUUCACAAAAUCAACGGCUCCGAUGGUAGCAUCAUCUGGAAGCUGAACGGCAAGGACAGCUCUUUUGCAGUCCCAAAGAAUGCCAAGUUCUGCUUCCAGCACCACGCGCGCUGGUUAGAGCAGUAUGAUGACUCAAUCGAGAUCAUCAGCUUGUACGAUAAUUCCGCUCAUGGCUCUGAGCAUGGCGAGGGCAGAGAGGUGCACACGGCGCCAACAAGCAGUGGUAAGAUUCUCAAACUCAACACGACGUCGUGGGAGGCCGAGCUGGUUCAGGCCUUUUUCCCGCCCGACGGCCUCCUGUCCAAGUCGCAAGGCUCAACGCAGGUCCUGCCCAACGGCAACGUUCUCGUCGGCUGGGGAUCCGAGGGGGCCGUGACCGAGUUCCUGCCCAACGGCACCGCCAUCUUUCACGCCUACAUGGACUCGGACUACCUGGGCCUCGGCGUGCAAAACUAUCGAGCUUUUCGAUACAACUGGACCGGAUACCCCAACGAGGAGCCCGCCAUUGUGGCGCUUGCCGACGACGCCGGGACUACCUUCAAAACGUACCUUGGCGAUGUGGAGCGCAAGAGCUUUGAAACUUCACUGCGACUGGAGGGCGAAAAGGUAAAACUUGCAACGGCUGAAGCGAUUGACAAGAACGGAAAUAUUUUGAGAAAAACCGGUGCUGCCAAGGUGGAACCUUUUAUUGCGCCUCCUCGAAAGUCAUCACUCGGCCUCGGCUUUUUUGAUCAGUCUCAAAACGAACUUUAG